AUGCCCUCCCGGCGCGACCAUCAAGCUAUCACAGCCUUUCCGAUCUUUCCUGUCGAAAUCCUGAGCGAGAUCUUCAGCCACCUCGACCCGUCCAGCGUGCGCCGCGUCCUCUGUGUGAACUCGCUCUUUCGCUCUCUCGCGCGACCCCUUGCUUAUCAGUACGGCACGGUGACUGACCUCGGUCUGUUCUUCCCAGGUGCUCAGCACGCCUACCCAUUCUCGCAAGGCUUUAUGCCCGGUCUUCCCGUCAGCGAGCUGUCAAAGGAGAGCAUGGGAGUAAUUCUCAGGCAGCUAAAGCGCAUCGAUGUAAAGCAGUACCCUCAUCAAGACUGCAAGGCGCUGUUCAUUCCAGUUCAGAACCCCAAGUCGUCAUUUAGUCGGCGGAGCACCAGCUAUCCUGAGCUCGACGUGUUGAACCUCGCAGUGCAAUCGUGCCCCCCGGAACAGCGCAUUCUCAGGAAUCCACAGCCUGGAGACGAUGACGUUGAUAUGGUGCCGCUCUGCCCGUGCAUCUUGGAGGUGCUAGGAAGUCAUUGGUCUACAGGCAGCAAGCUCGUAGCAAAAGAUAUUCUGCGGCAACCAGGGGACUUCGAAUACAGUCAUACUAGGUCCACUGACACCAUCGACACACACAUCAGCGUCGUGUACAGCCAAACCUCGCCGUGCGCCCCAGAGAUCCUGCAUGACUAUGUCAACCCUGUGCGCGUCGCCAGGGAGCUGUGCAUCGGGGACUUCCGCCACCUGGAAGUUGUGUUCUGGACCGAGAGGCCGGGUCAGGCAUGGAUUCCCCGCUGCAAGUAUUCCACAGAGCGUGGGCGCACUGGUACCUGUCUCCAGACGGAGGGAACGAUUUGGUCUGCCCUAGCAGAGCAGAUCGCGCCCUUCGCGCCCCACUGUAUAACCAGCGUCACCAUUGUCAACUCUGCCGCCAUCCUUCCGGCGGCCUCCACCAUUGUUGAACACGAACUGGAAGUGAACACCAACCAGGCCCGCUUGCAGGAGCAACACGCCUGGUGCUUUGAUGAAGAGCUCAAACUGCAAGCACUGUAUUGCGGAAGGGGUCCUGGGAGGGAUUCUACCCCAGAGACGUUCGAGUUCAUCACGAUGGAAGAAUGGAUUAGGCGCGGUGGAUGGGAGGACGUCUUCACUCUCGAGGAGAUAGGGCCGUGGUUGGCCAAAGCUGAGGCCAGUACGGGGAACUCGCUGCCCUCUAUUGUGCACGUGUAUAGCCUGAAGGAGCUCGCGGGACUGUCCCUCUGA